AUGACCUCUUCUCAUCCUACGAAAACGGAACAGCAAACGUCGAGCUUCCCAAGCCUAGGCCAAACAACACCAAGAGCUGGAGAAAGAACAAAGAAAAGAAAGCUCAGAAGAAUCAAGACAAGGCCGGAGCCUGACCCUGACGCGCCAAAGAUGACAAACCAGAAGAGCAAGACGAAGAUGAGGGCGAAGCACAAGUCGAAGAAGAGCAACCUCGUAAUCGUCGACGUGUCCAAGUCAUCCUCGCACGACCGAGUUCCUCCUCAAACGAGGAGGAGGAAAAAAAACAAGCUCAGGCGAAAGUCGCAGACAAUCGACUGCGUGCACAACUCUAAAGACGAUCUUCGCUCAGUCAUCGAAGAGUCCAGAGCUAAAAGAGUCGAAGACUCCAGUAUCCGACCCUACCUAAAGCCCCGAGUCGUCGAUCUCCACGAUAAGCUCACCUCGAAAUCUGAAGACCUCAGGAUCAAGCUCAAUCGACCCAAACGUUCCGACUUACGACGAAAGCUGAAAGAAACGAAAGUCAAGACCGGCGACAAACACGAGCCUAUCGCCGAGUACUUGUCCAGCGAUUUGAGGGUCCAAUUACAGAGCAAACGAGUCGAGCGCGCUCCCUUCUUAAACAUGAUUAUGGGAGGCUCGCCUCCUUGUGGCGACUCGGUCCGGUCGGUCAAUGAUCAUCGACGACAUAUAGUAACCUCGAAGAAAUGGCCAUCGAAACCCAAGAAUGAUCCCCAGAUCACUUUCUCACCCGACGAUGCCAUCAGUGUCCACCUACCUCAUAAUGACCCUGUACUCGUCGAAGUAGGAAUCGUAAAGUGCGACGUCGCCAUAGUCCUGAUUGAUACUGGCAGUUCAGUCGAUCUGAUCUUUUAA